GAUUACAAAAACCUACUUUCGUUUCGCCCGUGUAUUCUGUGUAAGGCUUUGUCAGGCGGUUUCUCGGAAAGCCGUAGCAGAUUGUCGUCUCUCAGUCGGCGUACAGCGUUUGCAGGAGCCGGUUGUAUGAUGCAGGCACAGCAGGAUAACGUCUGACAGUGGUACGGAACUAGCUCUCCAAAACGGGAUAUGAGUGCCCCCAGCGGACUCCCGAGGGAGGGGUUCUCCAGCAUGAAACUCCCCUCCCUCAUCAAACAGCUAAAAGUGGUCCUGGACCAAUACCCUGAUGAUGGACAGAUUCUUAAGGAACUGAUACAGAAUGCCGAGGAUGCGGAUGCCACGGAAGUGAAGAUUCUGUAUGAUGGGCGUCCCUUCAGUCCCUCGUCAGUUGAGGGCUUCCCACAUCUUCGGACCCUCAAGGGUCCUGGCUUAUGUGUGUACAAUGAUGGUGUAUUCACUGAUGAAGACUGGGAUGGCAUAAGGAUGCUACAGAGUAGUAUCAAGGAACAGGAGCCUCUUAAAGUUGGUCGCUUUGGACUGGGAUUCAAGUCAGUCUUUCAUCUGACAGAUGUGCCUUUGAUCGUAUCUGGUCACAACAUCCUUUUACUAGAUCCGUACAUGUGGGAAGAUGACCCAAAGAUGGUGUGCUAUAUGAGCAGACUGGACAGGAUUGAAUUUUCCAAAGAUUUGUUGCUUCGAGUUCUGGAUGGUAUAUUUGGGUUUUCAGCCCAAACACUCAAGGAUGGAUUCUUCAAAGGCACUCUAUUUUGGUUUCCCCUCCGAGGAGAAGUGACAGAAUUGUCAGACAUUAUUUAUGAUGAUAAUAAAAUACGAGAUCUCUUCAGUGCAUUCCAAGCUGAGGCCCCUCAUAUGCUGCUCUUCCUGAAGUCAUUGUCAAGGAUUCAGGUUUGUCAGAAAGGUGCAAGUCUCUUUGGAAAGCAAGUUCCAGAAAACAGUUGUGAGACUCUUUUCACUGUUGACACGAGUAGCUAUGUAGGAGACACUGUAAAUAUUAGAAAAGAAUUUGUAGAAUCCAUAAAGGAACUAAAGGGAGGGUUACCAAAAUCGCCAAUUGAGAAGAUAUACUACAUGAAAGUAGAAACAUGUGACUUUAUGUCAACACACCAGAACUGUAACAACAGCAUAUGGCUCGUGAUUCAGCACUUUCAAGAUGGAAAAAUUUCAAAAUCAUUCAAGAAACUGUGCUUUGACAAAACCAUUGCAUCAUGCCCGUGUGUUGGCUUAGCUUUCGCCCUUGAACAGGAGCAAACCGGGCAUAUAUUUUGUUUUCUGCCCUUGCCACUUGAGGCGCAGAGUCCCACAGGCCUACCUAUUCACGUCCAUGGUCAUUUUGCACUGAGUCAGAACCGUAGACAUAUCAAGUGGCCAACAGCAGAUCAAACGAAGAACAAAUCCCAGAUGGAUAAAGCGAUACGAUGGAACCAGUGUUUACUCCUCGAGGUGUUCCCUCAAACAUAUGUCAGUCUCAUACAAGAGUUGAUCAUGUAUUGGCAAAAGGAAGGAAGAGAUGAGACUUGUGUAGAGAAGAUAUACCGUGCGCUGCCUGAUAAAUCACAAAUACGUGAAAACUGGAAAGGACUUUGUGAAGCAUUUUACAAGUUAAUGUUCAGAGAACGAAGCCUCUACACCCCAAAUGAUGGAGGCAAGUGGAUAAAUGCUGAAAAUGGAAUCCUCUUUGUACCUUCGAAAGUGUCGUCUGAAAUCCAAGAAACAGUUGUUGUUACCUACAAAAUGAGUCAGGAAAACAUUGUUGUAGUCCCACCUCAUUUGCAUGAGGCAUUGCAAUCCUACUACCCAGAUCUAGAUCAACUGAAAUUUGUGACACCAGAAGGACUUUCAAAAACCCUUCAGUCCAAGAACCUUUAUCCAGGAAUAACAGACCAACAGAAGCUGCAUCUGCUUGAGUUCAUAUGUACAGAGGACAGCUUUCAGUGUCUUCGUGGGGUGAGACUUCUCCCUCUUGCAGAUGGAUCCUUCACGACAUUUGGGGAAGCAGACCCUGUAUUUGUGUGCGAGGAUGAAGAUGAUAUAAACAUGUUUCCAGGCCUGAGACAUAGAUUUGUUCUUCAUGACAGUACUACUGGACACUAUCUUCAAGAUAUGGCAAAAAAAGGAAUUUUCAACAUUCAAAGAUUGUCAUCUGAGCCCUUUGCACGUCUUCUUAAAGAGUGCAUGGAGGUGCAGUUUCCUUCAGGGGUUGCAACUGUGACAUCUGAUUCUCAAUUUAGUCCAGAAUGGAUUGACUCUGUAUGGCAGUACAUCACAAAACAUGACAUAGAUGUCAAAGACAAAUUUCCAGAUGAUUUACUUAUCCCUGGGGAAGCCACUGCUGAUGGAACAAUGCCUCUUUAUCCUGUGUCUUCAAGUUUCAUUUGCAUGAAUGUGAAGACUGUUGGUGAUUUGGAUCAAAGACUAGGUUUGGCUUUGGAACACCUUGGUAUCAUCCCGCUAUCAAAGAUACCUGAUGCUCUCAAGAGAAACGCCUCCAUUAUAGGAGAUGUUAUCAAAUAUCCAUCCUUUGAAGGUGUCAUCAGCGUCCUUGAAGAUGUUGCACAGAAGGAUACACUUUUGGAGAAGGUAUCUAAUUUUAACAACAUUGCAAAAGAUGAGGAAAAACGGUCUUUGGUUGAGUUUCUUUGUGAAUGUAAAUGUCUGAGCAGUUCAGCCAAAGACGUACUGCAGAAGCUGGAACUAUUUGCAAACACAGACAACUUGGACAUGGAUACAACCAUUGAACAGAUUAAUCUUCUGGAGCCAGCAGACCAACUGGUUGUGCCCUAUCCAGAAGUUUAUUUACGGUGCAUUCCAGCCACUACUGCUGCCCUAUCUCAACUACUUGAUGCAAGACAAGUGACUCGAGAUGAAGUUACACUCAACAUUCUGAAGUUAAUGGCAAAUGGAGACAAUAAAUACAACAGGAAUGAUGUUAAAGUAUUUAUGCUACACCUUCUGAAAGAAUGUCAUUUCUUCACAAAUCAAGCCAUACUAAAGCUAGCUAAAAGAAUACAAUUCCUUACUACAGAUGAAAUGAGUGAGCAGUUUAGGGUUUGUGAUCUAUUUGAGCCACAGGCAGAACUCUGCAAGUUGUUUGAAAGAGAAGAUAAAUUUCCUGCUGCUGAAUUCAUGGAUUCAUCUUUAUUACAGGGAUUGAAAAUGCUUGGACUAAAAACAGUGACAGAUGUCACAGAUGAACAUCUUUGCCGUACUGGUGCAGUCAUAGAAAGCCUUCUUGGGACAAAUGAGUUUGAAGUUGCUGCUAGGAAAGGCAAAGCUUUAUUUGCUUUUCUGAAGGCACGUCUUGCAAAACCUUAUAAAAAUUCUUUGAAAAGCCUACUACAAGUAAGAUUUGUUCCACGUCUAGUAAGGAGAACAACAGGUUAUCCAGACACAUUGAGAUUGUUUGGAGAAGAAAAUAGCUGCUUGCUUGAAAGACUUGGGAAUGUGUGGAAUGAGAAUCAUCUGAAUGUUAUAGGAUCAGUUUCCCCAGUUGCAAAUCUUCCAAAAAAUAUCAUCAAUGCAUUUCAAUUGGUAUCUGAACCACCACUUCAUCAAGUGUUGGAGCAUAUGGACCUAACAAUUGCAUCAUAUCAGCCCCAACAGGAUACAGAACACAAGUACAUGGAAGUAAUGGAAGACCUGUACAGGUAUCUUUCAAAGCAAAAUGUUUCCUCGAUGACAAAAGCAUGCAAGGAAAGACUUCGCAAAAUGAAGUUUAUUUGGAUCAAUUCAGAAUUUCAUUUUGCCAGUCAAAUUUGGACCAUGAAAUCAAAGCGAAAGGACAUUGAGCUCAAACCUUACAGAUUUUGUUUGCCAAAGCUUUGGAUUGGUAUUGCAGACAUUGUAGAAGCUGUAGGUGGGCAGAAACAACAAAGUCCUGAAAUGUUGGUUUCUGUUCUCAAGGAGAUUCAGCAUAAACACCUUCAAGCCAGAAUGGAUAAUUCAGAUGAUAUGCAAGAAGAUCUCCAAAUCAUUUUUCACAUCAUUAACACGUUGAAAUCAUACAAAUUCCAUUCGAAUGAAAUUAUUUUGCCAAUUCACCAAGAUGAAUACUCCAAGUCCCUUGUUUUGAAAUCUGCUACAGACUGUACCUUUUGCAAUGCUGAAUGGCUUCUGGAACAGACAACAGAUGGUGAAGAGGAAGAGAAGCUCUACUUUGUACACAGUGAUAUAUCUGAAGAGACAGCAAGGUAUUUUGGAGUAUCUCUCUUGACUGAGAGGGUUAUGGAGGGGACAGAGGCCUUUGAUCUUAACUGUGGCCAGCAUGAGUCAUUAACCAAGCGGUUAAAUGGGAUCCUUAGAGGAUAUACAGAUGGAUUUUCAGUACCAAAAGAGAUCAUACAAAAUGCAGAAGAUGCCAAAGCAACCAAAGUGAUGUUCCUCUAUGAUGAGAGACACAAUAGUAGUGCUAGAACAUCUUUGAUGAAUAAAGGAAUGGAAUCCCUUCAAGGUCCUGCCUUGUGGUCAUACAAUGAUGCACAAUUUACGGAGGAUGAUUUUCUAAACAUUCAGGAUCUUGGUGGUGCUACGAAAGAAGAUGAUGCAACAAAGCUUGGUCGUUUUGGACUUGGUUUCAAUUCUGUGUAUAACUUGACAGAUGUCCCAAGCUUCAUCAGUGGAAACACUGUAGUUAUAUUUGAUCCACAUCGGACCUAUCUGGGCAGACCAGGACUGAAAGCAGAUCUAUCCUCCGUCAAAAAUAGGAGAAUGCUGCAGACCAUGCGAGGCCAAUUUCAGCCAUUUGAUGGAGUGUUUGGCUGUGACAUAGGACAGAAAGCCAAGGGGGAUAUUUGCAAAGGGACAUUGUUUCGAUUUCCCCUGCGAACAGCAGAACAGGCAGAAAAAAGUGAAAUAAAACAUCUUCAUUACUCAAAAUCAGAGAUGAAAACAUUCCUGGAGAUUUUGGUCAAAGGUGCUGGAAAUCUAUUAUUGUACACACAAAAUGUAAAGUUAAUGGAAGUAUAUUACCUACCAAAUGGAGCCUCUGUUGACAAGUGUGAACUUUUGUUUUCAGUCCAAAAGAAAACAGAUGAUCAGUUUUCUGUGUUUAACCAGGCAAAAGUACCGCACAAUCCUCAAAUUAACACCCUCAGUCACUUCUCAAAACAGUGCAACAUGGACUCAAGGGAAGACUAUUUAAUAGAAAGGGUGAAUGUUUCUGUCAAGACAACCACAGAAUUUUCAAACUCUUUUGGCAUUAAAGUUCAUCAGGACAAUACAAACUGGCAGAUAACAUGGUCCAUGGGAAAAACAGUUCCAGGACAAUUUGCCACAAUAAAAGGCCUACUCCCUUUAGCUUCAACUGCUGUUCCACUAAGCACAAGUGGUGACAUAAUUCAAAUGAGCUCACUUCGUGAAUGUCAGAGCUUUUUCUGUGUCGGACACUUCUACUGCUUUCUUCCUUUGCCCCUCCCAUCUACACAAUUCGCCAUGCACAUCAAUGCACAGUUUGCGCUGACAGAAGACAGGAGGCGAUUGUGUGAAAAAACAGAGGACGACAAAACAUCAAUUCCUGGUUCCUGGAACAAACACUUAGCAACUGAGGUUAUCAGUCGAACAAUAAUCUGCACUCUGACAGGACUCGAGAAUCUUACUCAGAAUGAUGCUGAGGCCUAUUACAACUUGUGGCCUGGUGUCAUGUUGAACAAGGGUGUAGAUGUCAAAAAUUCACUUGAGAAACCAGCCAUUGUGACAAGUUUCUAUAAGGUGAUUACUGAAGAGGAAUACAAAGUCUUUCUGCAAGGUGAUCCAGUCAAUUAUGUAGCAUUCAAGAACUCCAUAUUUUUGUCCCCAUCUUUAGCAUACAAUGAGUUUAUUGGAAAAACUGCUGUCGGGGUACUUCAAAGAUUCUGGGAAAAGGAUACAGUUAUUGACCUACCUGAAAGAAUUUACCAAAAUUUCAUAUCAGCUGGUCUUACAGAAACCUUCAACAGUCGUGUUGUCAGUACUGAAGAUUUCUACAAGGAGGUUUUCUUACCAAAUAUUGAACUGGUAAAUUCUUCAGAUCGUCAGUCACUGACAUUGUAUGCUGUCAAUAUGUGUGUUCCAAAUAUUGAUGCUUUGUUGAAGAAGUAUGAAUGCAUUCCUUCAAAACCAAAUGGAAAACUAAGAAAGCCAAAGGAGCUAGUCCAUCCAAGAGGAAAGGUUUCCCAACUAUUUACUGAAUCUGAAGAGAUUUUUCCAAGUGAGGCAUUUGAAAGGCAUGAAAUCCUGAAGCAGUUAUGUUGCCUGGGUAUGGUAGAAAAUGAUCUUCCGUGGGAAGCAGUAAUAGGAAGGAUAGAAACAGUACAAGACCUGAGUCUCGAGGAUAAUACUCGAGCCGAGAAGAGGUGUCUCUACAUUCUACAAUAUAUCAAUGAGUAUGACAGCAGCACCCGUGGGAGGCGAUUCCAUAAAUGUGGAGAGGAUGCAAGACAGCAAAUAUCCACCAUGGCCUUUCUCCCAGUAAUGCAGAAAGCCAGAGAUUGGCCUUUCAAGUGGAAAGGUGAUACAGUUUCAGUAUUCUCAACACCUGUUCAGUUGUUCUUUCAUGAAGAAGCUGAUUUAGUUGGAUGUUGUAACCUUCUGCUUGACUCAUACAAACUGGAUGGAUUAUUUUCUUUAAAAGAAGUUCUAAUUUGGCUUGGUGUUCAAGACACAAAAUCUGUAACUGCAACAGUUGCUUGUGAACAAUUGCUCCACAUUUCAACACAAAUACUCACAGGAGUUCAGCUGAGUAAGGAAUCAAUCAAAAUCUUAAACAACCUGUAUAAACACCUGGAUGCUUUGUGCAAGGAAGUUGACAGCACCUCUCCAGAGCAUGACAUUAUAGCAAAGCUUAAAGGCAAGCAAGUUAUACUUAAUGAUAAAAUGCUAGUGUUUCCUCAGCAAGUUGCAUUUCAUCUGGAGUAUGACCUACAUCCAUAUCUGUAUCAAAUUGAACCAACACAAAGAUUGUUAUACAAGCACUUCCUGCAGGUUAUUGGAAUCAAGGAACACUUUGAUGUGGAUUGUGUGAAAGAGCAAAUUGACAAGAUGGCUGAAACAUACAAGGAUAAACCAAUGAGAAAGGAAGAUGUGACUUUAUAUGUCAACAUGGCUAACUUAUUAUACAAGUUGUCAGCGAAGGAAAACUGUGUCAACUCUGAAUUAUGGCAGAUGUUUUUACCAGACACUGAAAACUCCCUGAAGCCUGCAACUGAUCUUUGUCUUGACGACUGUAGUCGCCUGAAGAAAGAUUCAGGAAUACAAAUUGUUCAUCCCUCCAUAUCAAAAGACGUAGCCCUACAUUUCAAAGUCAAGACACUGAUACAUGCCAGUGUUGAGAAAGUACUGUUACCAUGGUCAGCAACUUCAUUUGGCCAACGUGAGAAACUGACAACGAGACUGAGGGGAAUCCUUGAAGGAUAUCCAAGGGAUUCAUCAAUUAUGAAGGAACUUCUUCAAAAUGCAGAUGAUGCAGGAGCUACUGAGCUAAAAUUCAUCAAAGAUUUCAGAAACCAUCCUACUGAAAGUGUGUUUGCCGAUAGUUGGAAACCUUUACAGGGCCCUGCUUUGUGUGUUUGGAACAACAGUAGUUUUACAGAGGAAGACUUUGAGGGGAUUCAAUCUCUUGGCGUUGGAAGCAAAUCUGAUGAUGCCCUGAAGACAGGACAAUAUGGUGUAGGCUUUAAUGCUGUGUACCAUUUAACUGAUGUUCCAUCAUUUUUCACAGUUGGCCCAGGGACACCAGAAACAGUAUGUUUCUUAGAUCCUAAUCUGAAGUACAUUCCAUGGGCAACAUCUGAAGCCCCUGGUUGUAGACUCCUUGCUGGUGAGCUGCAGUACAAUUUUCAGGACAUAUUCAAAUGCUAUCUUACGGAUGUUAUAGACUUUGGAAAAUCAGGGACCCUGUUCCGUCUGCCACUGAGAACAAAAGAAAUGGUGUCUGAUAUAUCUGAUGAAGAAAUUCCAAUUGAAGGGGAAAUGGGCAUAGAACAACUGCUAAACGAUUUCAGAAAUGAAAUGGCUGAGUCUCUGUUGUUUCUUCACAAUAUCAAGAACAUAUCAAUACAUUCAGUGACGAAAGAUGGGAGACUUGUUGAAGAUUUUUCAGUUAGUGCGGAAAUAAGUGACCAACAUGCUGGCCUUUUAAAAAACUAUGUAUCAGGUUUACGAACCUAUGUCAAACAUAAAGAGCAGGAUGUCACUAAGCAGACAAAGGUAGUACUGAAAGUGAAGAGCCUUGAAGGAAAACAAGAAAGCUGGCUGGUUGUUCAUAAGUGUGGCUUUGCUGAUAACAGUAAAGUUCCUGAAAUUCUUAAAGAAUGCCAAAGAGAUGGCAAGAUUGGUAUGUUACCACGAGGUGGUGUAGCAAUACCACUGGAUGACAAUACAGUGCGAGGAAAAGCAUUUUGUAUGUUACCCCUCCGCAUCACCACAAAACUCCCCGUGCACAUAAACGGACAUUUUGCAUUAGAUCAUGAAGCUAGAGGGAACCUAUGGCAUGGUCCACAUCCUUUCCGCACACUUUGGAAUGAAACCAUCAUCGAACAAGUCAUUGUUCCUGCUUAUGUAUCAGGUCUUGAAACUCUGAUAGGACCAGAACUGCUUGGUGCCCAGCAAGAUCCAGAUUAUUUCAGGUCUCAUGAACUGCUUAAACCAUUCAUCAACCUGUUUCCUGUGAUAGCAGGCACUUCAGAUGACUAUUGGAAAUUGUUAGCCACAUGCUUUUAUAGGCAUAUUGUACAGAAUUACACAGCUCUUUUUCCUGUUAUCAAACCACUAGAUGGCAAAUUUUCUGCAAAUUCCAGAUCACAAAAUCAAACAAGGCUUGUCAAAUUUGAUUGGGUUUCAGUUGCCUCAUCUACUGGAUUCCCAGGAUACUUUAACGAUAUCCCAGUUCCUGAAACAAAGGGUGAUUCAACAGCCCAGCAUGUUAAAGUCCCAAAGCUUGUGGAAAUUCUCAAAGAUUUGGGGAUGAAGAUAAUAGAUAUGCCACUGUCCAUCUACCAUCAGUUUCAGGAGGCUGACUUGGAGGUUUCCUGUAUAUCACCAGAUAAUGUGAUUGAAUUUUUGAAGUCAUUCACCAACAACAAUCAGGAUAGAUGUCAACUUGCAAGACUCCCUUUAGACAUCAAGUUAACUCCUCUAAAGGACACCCAUGCCUUGACCUUUUUGACAAGUUACUGCAAAAAGAGUUCAACUUUUCUUGAUUCAUUAGAUGGCCUACCUCUUCUUCUGACACAAGAUUCGAUUCUGAGAUGUUUCACUUCACAGCUACCAACAGUUGUCACUGUUUUUACGGAGUUGAUCAAAGGAUCACCAGGAAUGGCAAUGCAUAGAUCAAUGGAACAGUUGUACUCUGGUUUUACAGAUAAAUCAGAUACACUUAGGAAACUUGACAUUCAAACACUGAGCACUCUUCUGCCAGACACAAUGGGUCAUAUAAUCAGCACUGUUCCAAUUCCAUGGAAACGCAGUGGUAAACCAUCUCCUCAAUGGAUUCUUGAAAUCUGGGAUUUUCUUCACAGGGAAAUUGUUGCUUCAUCAAAAAUGACUCCUCAUAUAGAUAGUGUCAAAUCCAGCCUAUCCUCUUUGAGUCAAGUGUGCAUCCUACCUGCCAAAGUAACUGAGAAAGUUCAAACUGUGAUCUAUUUAUUUCCAAUUUGUGACUCUGACAAAAUUUUAGACCUUCUUGGCAUGACAAACAUGACCUAUAAAACAGCCUUUUCUAAACUAAGUGUACCCCAGCUUGAUUUUGGUGAGACUGCCUCCAAUAAUGAAGAAUGUGUGAAAUCAGCAAAGACAUUGGUUGCAAAUCUCCAAAGACCAGCUUCUACGCUCAAGGCACUUGCACAACACACUGACAAACUUAUUGGCAUAAAGAAGGGUUCAGCUAAAAUAUUGCAGCAAUAUUUUUGCACCCAUCUAAAGGAUCUACAGACGCUUGAAAUACCAGUGGCAACAGAGCUACUAAGAUCUCUGCCCAUUUAUGAAGAUUUAUCUGGAUCCUGCCAACACAUGAAAAUGGCUAGAGUCUAUGCUGUCAUUGAGCAUGACAAUAUUCCACAAGAUGGAAUAGAGACAUGGUCACUUGGGCUCAAAACGUGCCUCCUGAAAUGUUCGGAUAGCAACAAAAACCUUUUUGAGUUUUUAAAGGUUCAAAUACUUUCUCCUGAAGAAUUAUAUGAAAAGAUUAUCCUUGAGAAAUUCAGCCAUCUCCCAAAACCCACUCAAGCUGUUCAUUUACAGUAUGUCAGAGACCAUUUGUUGAAAACAUCAUUUUUAUUAAAUUACAGCAGUGUGCAAAAAAACCUGAUUCAGUGUCUUAAACGGUUACACUUCAUUGAAGACAAAGAUGGAUCGUUGCACAGGGCCUGUGAAUAUUACUUGAAACGAGGGACACUAUUUGCAGAAUUCCUUUCAGAGGACAAAUUUCCACCACCACCAUAUGACAGUCCAGAAUGGGAAACCUUCCUAAAAGAGUCUGGAAUUGUAAUAAAGGUGUCAGAAGAGGAUUUUGAGAAGUUUGCUAGAUCAGUAGAGGACAUGAAUGUCACACCUAUCACAAGAGCUGUGGAACACAAAUCAAAGCUGCUCACAAAGCACUUGUUUGAAAAACAAGAAGGGUUGCUGAAAGGAUCACUUCUCUCACGAGUUAAGAACAUCAAAUUUGUGAUGCCCCACAACAUGGAGAAGGAAUCAAAUGAGAAAGACAUGACAAAACGAAUCCUUCCCCAGUUUCAACAAGGGAAACUGAUAGCAUAUGCUGACUCUGUGUCUUCAAAGCACUGUCACUAUAUAUGGACAAGUUGUGCCAUGUUUCACCACUAUGCGGAUCCUGAUUAUUACAAGAAUGGACAUUCACGAAAGGACAGAGAGAAAAUGACAUUGCUGCUCGGGAUAAAGAAGGAACCCUCCAUUGAAUCAGUGGUUCAGCAUAUAGUGAAUAUAAGUACAUCACUUGAACAACGACAACAAACGUGUCCGCACAAGGGUCCGGGUCUGGUGGAGCUACUGGAAAUGGUUCUCAAAUCAAUUUACACGUUUCUUCAAGAUAACACUUCAAAUUUGACUGAGAAAUUGAAGAAACAACUAAAGGCUGCUUUCGUUGUAUUUUUACCUCAAGAAGGAUUAUUUGUACGACCAUCACAAGUUGUGCUAGAAGUAUCAGGGACAGACACAAUGCAAGGUAUAUAUAAAGCGCCAGUGGAGUUUGGUCCAUACUUCAAGCUGUUUUCCCUGCUUGGUGCAGCACCAGAAGUGACAACUAAUCACUAUGCUGAGGUUCUACAGGUUCUUGCACAGACAACUGCGGAUGGUAAACUGGAACCAAAUGAACUUAAGAUCGUCCAGAAGGCAACAGGCAUGCUCUUCAAGUGUUUACAGGAGGAAGAAAAGGAUAACAAAAUCGCUCUAGCAGUUCAAUAUUUAUUCCUCUUGGACAGAGACCACAAACUGACCAAGUCAACAAGUUUGGUCAUUGCUGAUAAUGAAUCACUUGAGAACAGAGUAAAGACUUUGAAUUUCAGAUACUUUGUUGGUUUCAGAAGAUUGGAGAUUUCUAAAACAAAUGAAGUUGAUGUUUUUGAACAGCUGCCAGAAAUAUAUAGACCUAAGAUUCUUGAUCAGAUGACAAAUGAGGUCAUGUGUGAAACCAGUCACAACAAAGCCACUGAAGGUUCAGUCUCGAGUGAAUACAGUCAAAAAAUCACAAAUCCUGGGUUUGUGAUUGGCCUCAUAAGACUUAUAAACGAUAGCCGGCGUUUGGGGAGAGUAGAAAAGCUCACAGAAACAGAACUGAAAAACAUUGAGAUGAAAUUAGCGAAUAUGAGCAUUAAGCAAAUCACAGGUCUGAAAACUGUAUUGAUUCAUGGUGGCCUGGUAGUUGAAGAGAGUGACAGAGAGAAACCAUGUUUUCUUGAUUAUGAAGACGAAAACAAAGUAACUGUUUACAUCAACACCAGAAAACUGAAUCAAGUGCUUCUUCAUAGUAAACUGGCCACAGCAAUUAACAAGCUAACAGGGGGAUACAUCACAAGUGGCCUAUAUUCACUGGUUGGUACGCUUGCAUGUGAUCCAGGAAAGAUUAAAGCCUAUCUAGAUGGGAUGAGUGUCCAGCCGACAAGUUACAUAUGCAGCUAUAUAAAAGACUCUGUAUUUCCACCACCUGGAACAAGGAUUCCAGAGGAGUUCCACUGGAUGCUUGAUAAUAGCUUUACUCGGUUUGAUGUGGAGGAAUAUGUUGGAAUGGAAAUAUAUGACCCACUCACAGAUGAUAGAAUAGGGCAAGAAGGAUCAGCCCUGCCAAAUCCAGACUCAGGUCCAGUUUAUAUCUAUGCCAAGGUGAAACAAAUCCUGAUAAGUGAAACUUUGCCAAUUCUUGAUAGAUAUGCCGUUGACGUAGGAGAAGAGGGGACACAAGAAGUAUCUGCCCUGGAUCUUUUCAAGUUUCAGCGUCAGAAACGAUCUCAGUGUAGAGAGAUUGUGCCCUCUAAUAGGUCACAGCAUGAUGAGGGAAAUACACCUGGACCUGAGACUGAGACAGAGGUCCCACGAAAAGAGCAACAGGCAACACCAUCUGAAGACAAGCCUCUUGAUAUGGACAGUGUGCUGAAAGAAAUACGUGAAACAUUGAAGGUGGCAUGGCAAAUGCCAGACACUAAGCAAAGAGAGAAAGUAAAGAAACGUUUGUUGUUUAAAUGGCAUCCAGACAAGAAUCAAGGUAAUGAAGAGUUUUGUACCAAAGUAUUUCAGCGGAUACAGAAUUAUAUUGAAAUGUUGGAGAAGGGUCAAAAUAUAGAUCAAGCCCCAGGACAUACUAAUGCAAAGCCAAGAACAGAGAGAUCCAACUGGUUUUAUGAAGAAAUGAACCGCCGGAGCAAACGUCAUCGGCAUGACUAUGAACAUUACUGGGAUGAUGACGGCGACUUCUUCUCUCAUGGCUUUCACUCCCAGUCAGGCAGGUCAUCAUACAGGGCUCAUCAUACAGAGAAACCUAAUCCUCAGCCUGAAGAGGCCAGGAGGUGGAUGAGACAAGCACGGGAGGAUCUGAGAGUGGCAAGAGAGACCAUGCAAUUAGUAUCUGCCUACAACUGGAGCUGCUUCCAGUGCUACAUGGCGUGUGAUAAGGCAGUCAAGGCCCUUCUGUACUACAGAGACGCAAAGGAAGGAGAUGAGCAGAGGACACAGGAUCUCUCCUUGGUGGUGUACACACUGCAGGAAGAGAGCAUGCGAGACAUGGUUCGCAAACUGCUGAGCAUUGUACAGAAUACCAGCCAUGCACAGUACCCAAAGAAACUGAAGUUCCCUUACAUACCAGCAGAGACAUUUUCCCAUACAAAUGCAAGGGAGGCUUGUGAUAUAUCGGAACGUGUUCUCCAGAGAGCGGGUGAGCUCAUUGGUUGAAAAAGGGAAGACAUAUGUUUAAAGCAUUAAGGACAUCAUGAACAUUGACCGAAUACACCCUAGACCUGAAUGACAUUUGAUAAUAGGUUUACAGUGAUACAUGACAAAUUAUGUAUGGAAGAUGUUUGUUUGUGUGUCUAAUGUGAACAUACAUGAUUUUAUCAUGGCCUUAAAUAAGCUGUAUUUGAAAGAGUCCUAUUAUGUGUUUGUGACUCAAACCUAAAACAAGUAUGUAUAAAUCUAUGCACAUAAUGAUCAUAUUGUCAGAAAUUAAAAUGAAUAGGACGAACAUUGUAGAACAAUGUAUAUGUAUCUAUGCCCAUACCAAGUGGAUUUCACACACCUGCCCUGCAGUGGAUAUGAUAUUUCCUUGUUUCUUCUAUGUAUUUUAACUCAUGAUUUCAAUGUGUUUGUUUUAAAACAGUAAUUUCUUCCAAUGUUCUUUUUUUGUGUGUGAGUGGACUUGAUAACCAUCUGUACAUUUUUGUCACAUGAAUUUACCCAGUACAACAUAAUAAAAUCGCCACUCACUUAAAUACUUGAAUAUAUUGAACAUAUUUAUUGAAACUUUUCAGCACUGUAAAUAGCCAUGUAUAUAACUUGUAUUUGAGAGGCCAACUUGUAGUAGUGAUUGGGGAUAUAUAAUGUUUCACAUAGCAUGCUAUGCUGCAUUUUAAGUGAAUUUUCGGAAUUGAUUUUCAUCUUUAUAAAAGUGAAUGGUGCACUUGAAUCAACCCUGAAAUGUGUAAUUGAAUAUUACUGAACAAUUAAGAAUUGUACAUAUUUUGUAGACAAGAUAGUUUAUUUCUGUAGAAGAUAUUAGCCACACUUUCUGUUAUGUGAAUUGAGCUUAAUAUGGACAUAUACCUAGGCAGGUACAAAAAUAAUCUAGAAAUUUACUUUUUUGUAAUGUCCUUAUGUCCUUAAAGGCUGACUCUGUUCAGAAUGACAGAGAGAGGUAUCAAGAUAUCAGACAUGUCCCUAUUUUUACAUUCAGAACAUAUGUUAUGAGGUUGAGUUUUAGAGUGAGUGAAAGCUGUCUGUUGUUAUGGAUGCAUGCUAUACCGAUGGAAGGUGAUACGGGAGCAGGUGUUUGGAGAAGUGAAACCAAAAGGGAGUAUGUAUAAAUCUAUGCACAUAAUGAUCAUAUUGUCAGAAAUUAAAAUGAGUAGGACAAACAUUGUAGUACAAUGUAUAUGUAUCUAUGCCCAUACCAAGUGGAUUUCACACACCUGACCUGCAGUGGAUAUGAUAUUUCCUUGUUUCUUCUAUGUAUUUUAACUCAUGAUUUCAAUGUGUUUGUUUUAAAACAGUAAUUUCUUCCAAUGAUCUUUUUUUUGUGUGAGUGGACUUGAUAACCAUCUGUACAUUUUCGUCACAUGAAUUUACCCAGUACAACAUAAUAAAAUCGCCACUCACUUAAAUACUUGAAUAUAUUGAACAUAUUUAUUGAAACUUUUCAGCACUGUAAAUAGCCAUGUAUAUAACUUGUAUUUGAGAGGCCAACUUGUAGUAGUGGUUGGGGAUAUAUUCUGUUCCACAUAGCCAUUUGGACAAAACAAAUCCUGCUAAUAAAGCAGUGAGAAGACUUCAUCAUAACCCUGUAUAUUUAAUGAAUGAUGCUGUAAUUUGUAGUUUGAAGGUUGAACUCUGCUAUUGGUAGAGAUUGCUUUGAUUAUGUCAUUUCUAUUGCAUACAGCAACACGCAUGCUGCAUUUUAA